AUGAAUGAUCUAGAAAAAUCAAGUCUCCUCAUGUUUGUAAAGGCAGUCUUUCAUUUUAUUGUAAUCCUCCGUAUAAUCAAAGAAUGGAACCAUGUACCUGAUUAUAAGAUGAACUUUGAAACAGUAUCGAAAAUAGUACUUGCCUCUUAUGUCUUACUUCUGUCCCAAAAGAUCACCGAUGACUUAGAUUCUAGUUCAAUCACAUCCAUUCUAAUCAGUACCAUGAUGAUGCUGGCAAUAAAUGCAAUAAGAAAGAAGAAGUUUGAAAGUAUGGAGUCUGUUUUAAGGCCUUUCAUCGAUUUUCUUUCUCAUGGACUCUCCGAAUCAACCCAGAAGAAGGUUUCUAGCUCCUUAGAAAAUAUAAUUCCAGUAUUCUUGGUAGGACAUUUAGUUGUAUUGGCAUCUGGAUUACUCCUGGGGAUUGAAAAAAGAUUUACAAAGUAUGUAAGGCACCCAAGGGAUAAGCUUCUCUUUGUUUAUGGAUUGAUUCUCUUCAUAUUGGGUUUUUACAUUUCCAAUGUGGGAGAGGAAAUAGCCAUCAAUAUAAUUGAGAAAGCAGCAUCCAAUGGAAGAAUUGAAGGUGCCAAAACGUUUUUUCGUGGCAUUAAACCAAAUAAAAGUAAUUAUUUACUAGCCCGGUAA